UCCCUCCCUCCCUCCCACCCGGGGCCCAACGCGCCGCCUCCAUCUUGUGCCGCCGCCGCCGCCGCCGUCGCGACAUCACCGGCCCCGGGACAGGCCCCGCCUCCGCCUGCUCCUUUGACACCGCCCGCGGCAGGACGGGGCCCCGUGACGUCACUCCCAGCCCAGCCAAUGAUCAUCCAGGAGGCCCGGCCGGCUGUGACCCCCCCCCGAGGACCCCCGGAGCUGCAACACCCAGUCCAUGAGGGCCCCGCGCACAGGUGGCCGGCGCGGGGAUGGCUCCGGUCGUGGAGGUGUCGGACGCCGGGCACUGCCGGGCGCUGCUGCUGGAGCUGAACGAGCAGCGCCUGCGGGGCCAGUUCUGCGACGUCACCAUCAUCGCCGAGGACACCAAAUUCCGCGCCCAUAAAAACGUCCUGGCCGCCUCCAGCCCCUUCUUCAAGCGGGCGCUGGCCCAGGAGCCCACCUGCCCCUCGCCCGCCCAGGUGCUGGAGCUGCCGGGCGUCCAGGCCGGCGUCUUCUCCGACGUCCUCAACUUCAUCUACAACUCGCGCCUGGCCGUGCCGUCGCCGGCGGCCGCGCGGGCGCUGGGGGCCGUGGGCCGGCGCCUCGGCAUCCCCUCGCUGCAGGGCCUGGAGGCCGGGCCGCCUCCCCCGCCGGCGCCGCGGGACAUGAACGGCGCCUGGACCCCCCCUCCGCCCGCCGCGGACCUCGCCCGCGCGGCGCGGCCCGGCGAGGCGGGCGAGGACGCGGCGCCGGCGGCGGAGGCGGAGGCGUCGCCGGCGUCGCUGCGGUGCGGGCUGUGCGGGCGCGGCUUCGGCUCGGCGGCGGCGCUGGGCUUCCACGCCAAGCUGCACCGCGGGCGCCGCGGGCUGUGCUGCCGGCACUGCGGCAAGAGCUUCAUCCACGUCAAGCGCCUGCAGACGCACGAGGUCGGCUGUCGCGACGGCGACGGCGACGCCGCCAACGCCGCCGGGACCGACGUCGCCGUCACCGGCGCCGCCGCCGCCGCCGCCACCGCUGCGACGACUACCAGCGCCGCGGCGCCGCCGAGAGCGGCCAAGAAGGCGCUGCUGCUGCGGCACCGCGCGCUGGAGCCCGGCGCGGAGCAGGAGCCGCUGGUCAAGGUGGUGGACGGGCAGGUGCUGUACCUGUGCGGCGUGUGCCAGCGCUCCUACAUGACGCUGUCCAGCCUGAAGCGCCACGCCAACGUCCACUCGUGGCGCCGCAAGUACCCGUGCCGCUACUGCGACAAGGUGUUCGCGCUGGCCGAGUACCGCACCAAGCACGAGGUGUGGCACACGGGCGAGCGCCGCUACCAGUGCAUCUUCUGCUGGGACACCUUCGUCACCUACUACAACCUCAAGACGCACCAAAAAGCCUUCCACGGCAUCAGCCCGGGGCUCAUCGCCUCCGAGAAGACGCCCAACGGCGGCUACCGGCCCAAGCUCAACGCGCUCAAGCUCUACCGCCUGCUGCCCAUGCGGGCCAACAAGCGCCCCUACAAGACCUACAGCCAGGGCGCCGUGCCCGACGGGGCCGCGCCGGCUCCGGCGGCUGCGCCGGGGGACGCCGGGGCCACCGCCUACCCGCCGGCGGCGCCGCCGCGGCCGGAGCCCGCCUCGGUCAUCGCCUACGGCCGCGCGGCGCCGUCGGUCAUCGUGCGCGGCGGCGGCGGCAGCGGCGCGGCCUCGGUCAUCGCCUACAACGGCCGGGCGGGCGAGGAGCCGCCGGGAGCGCCUGAGGCGCCGGCGGCCGCGCCGGUGACGCCGGCGGUGCCCAUCAAGAAGCAGGUGCUGCGCGAUUACAUCGAGGCGCAGCGCGCGGCCGCCGAGGGCGCGGCCACCGAGGGCGCGGCCGCGGCCGCCGCGCCCCAGAACCCCGCCGGGGGUGGCCGCACCAUGACCUACGUGGCCAAGCCGGCGUACGCGGGCUCGGCGGCGGCGGGCGAGGGGCUGUGCCAGAUCACCGUGCGCAUCGGCGAGGAGGCCAUCGUCAAGCGCCGCAUCUCCGGCACCGACCUGCGCGGCGACGGCGCCGAGGAGCGCCGCGGCGACGGCGACGACGACAGCGACGCCGAGGACCGGCUCUGGCGGCCCUACUACUCCUACAAGCCCAAGAGGAAGGCGGGCGGCAACGCCGCCGGCGCCGGGGCGGCCCCCGGGGCCGCCAAGAAGCCGCGGUGGCGGCGCAAGCUGCGCUCGCUGCGCCGGGCGCCGGGGGACGACGGCGGCGACGACGGCGACGGGCGGCAGCGCGGGGACGCCGCGCGGCGCCGGGAGCGGCAGCACCCGUGCCGGGUGUGCGGGAAGAGCUUCCCGGCGCUGCGGAAGCUGCGGAAGCACCAGCGGGGACACGAGGCCGGCGCCGCGGCGCCGCCGGCGGGGACAUCGGGGACGUCGUCGGGCCGCGUGGGGCGGCGGCCGUCGCUGCGCUUCACCUGCCCCACCUGCGCCAAGGUGUGCAAGACGGCGGCCGCGCUCAGCCGCCACGCCCAGCGGCACCGGCGGCGCUCGCCGGGGUCGCCGCCGGGGUCACCGCCGGGGUCACUGCAGGGGUCACCGCCGGGGUCACCUCCGGGGUCACCGCCGGGGUCACCGGGGUCACCACCGGGGUCAGCACCGGCGUCACCGCCGGGGUCACCGGCGCCUCCCACGGUCAUCGCCUACACCCCGCCGGCCGCGGAUAAAGGGGGGGUCCCGCCGUCCCCCGGCGUCGCCGGCGCGGUGCCACCGCCCCCGGGUGACGCCGGCGGGGCCGAGGUCGCGGGUCCCGCCGGGGGUGACAGCGGCGGUGACGACGGCGGGGGCUUCCCGGUGCAGGAGCAGCCGCUGGCGCUGCUCUGCCGGGCCGCGGGCGGGGACCCCGAGCUCGGGGACGACGCCGGGGGGGGCGGGGGGGGGACACCCCGGGGGGGUCCCCGCGCCCCCCCGGCCCCUCCCCCCCCCGCGUUCCCGUUGCCCUUCGGGCCCCGCCUGGUGGCCGCCUACCCCUUCCCCUUCCCCCUCCCCCUGGCCCUCGUCCUCCCCGAGCCCGAGCGCGGCUUCCUGGGGGCUGGGGGGGGGGCGGGGGGGGCGCCCCUCCCCCCCAGCACGGCCCCCCCCACUUUUGGGUUCCCCGGUGGGGGAGGGGAGCGGCCCCGGCAAGCGGGGGGGGGCACCUGAGGGGUGGGGGAGGGGAGGGGGAGGGCGUUGCCCCAUGGAAGGGGGAGGGGCUCUGUAGGAGUUUUGGGGGCGCCCCGGAGGUGAGGGGGGGGUCCCUGCUCCCUACUGGGGGGGGACUGGAGGGGG